UAUAUACACACACUGCACCAAAUCUCAUCUUCGUCAAUUAAACACUCUGUCGUCCCCGCCGUUUUCGUUCUAAUCUUUCCCAAUUCUCACUCCUUCACCUCCCCUCUUGUUUGUCCGAUCGUAUUCGCGUCCACACUGAUCCAUUUUGAUCCCAGCGCUUGGUCGAUCGAUGAAUUAUUGUUAAUUUCAUUUUAUUGUAUUAUACUUAUAUAGUCGGGUAUCGGAUUCAUAUAAAUUUCCCAUUAUCUAUUAUAGUUAUAUCCUAUUCGGUUUCUGUAUUCGACGGAAUUUUGUAGUCAAAGAAUGGACGCUAUGAAUGAACCUUUCGGAGUUUAAAAAUGCCCGGAGUAACGCAAAAGAAUGAACAAUUCAGUAACGGGUCAUCGGCGACGUACAAGCUUUCUGCCAAUGGAUUUUGGUCCAAGAAUCGGGAUGAUGUUAACUACAAUCAGCUCCAGAAGUUCUGGAGUGAGUUGUCACCACGAGCUAGGCAGGAACUCUUGAGGAUAGACAAGCAAACCCUCUUUGAGCAAGCUCGUAAAAACAUGUACUGCUCAAGGUGCAAUGGGUUACUUCUUGAACGUUUUUUGCAGAUUGUUAUGUAUGGGAAAUCUUUACAGCAUGAUGGAGCUUUUGCUCACUUUAAUUGCAAAAGAUCUGGAGGUUUGAGAAGCCAGAAUAAUGGUAGUGGUGGAUCAAGCAUGACGAAUGGGUUCUCAUCAGAUGAAAUUCAAGACCCAUCCGUCCACCCUUGGGGAGGUUUGACCACAACACGAGAUAAUUCACUGACACUUAUGGAAUGCUACUUGUACUCUAAAUCUCUGAAAGGACUUCAAAUUGUCUUUGACGGGGCACGUGCAAGGGAGCGGGAAAGAGAACUGCUCUAUCCUGAUGCAUGUGGUGGAGGAGGUCGGGGUUGGAUAAGCCAAGGAAUAGUGAGUUAUGGCAGAGGGCAUGGGGCAAGGGAAACAUGCGCAUUGCACACUGCCAGACUUUCAUGUGAUACACUUGUGGAUUUUUGGUCAGCAUUGGGAGAUGAGACCAGACAAUCUCUUUUGAGGAUGAAAGAAGAAGAUUUUAUUGAGAGGCUUAUGUACAGGUUUGAUAGCAAGAGAUUUUGCAGAGAUUGUAGGAGAAAUGUUAUUCGAGAAUUCAAGGAACUUAAAGAACUGAAGCGCGCACGUAGAGAACCUCGAUGCACUAAUUGGUUUUGUGCUGCUGACACGGCCUUUCAGUAUGAGGUAUCUGAUGACUCAAUUCAAGCUGAUUGGCGACAGACGUUUGCUGAUACAUUGGGAUCAUAUCAUCACUUUGAGUGGGCUGUUGGGACAAGUGAAGGAAAAUCCGAUAUUUUGGAGUUUGAAAAUGUUGGGAUGAAUCGAUGCGUUCAAGUCAAUGGCCUAGAUCUUUGUGGUCUGAGUGCAUGCUUCAUCACUCUCCGAGCUUGGAAGCAAGGUGGACGAUGUACUGAACUUUCUGUCAAAGCUUAUGCAUUGAAGGGUCAACGAUGUGUACACUGCAGGCUAAUAGUAGGAGAAGGAUAUGUUGCAAUCAUGAAAGGGGAAAGCAUCAGAAGAUUCUUUGAGCAUGCUGAAGAGGCAGAGGAAGAAGAGGAUGAUGAUUCGAUAGACAAGGAUGGAAAGGAGCUUGAUGGAGAAUGCUCCCGUCCCCAGAAGCAUGCAAAGAGCCCAGAACUUGCUCGAGAAUUUCUUUUAGAUGCUGCUACUGUCAUUUUUAAAGAACAGGUUGAAAAAGCUUUCAGAGAAGGAACAGCUCGCCAAAAUGCACACAGCAUCUUUGUUUGUCUUGCACUAAAACUUCUAGAGGAACGUGUUAAUGUAGCAUGCAAAGAAAUUAUUACAUUAGAAAAGCAGAUGAAACUUCUUGAAGAAGAAGAAAAGGAAAAACGUGAAGAAGAAGAACGCAAGGAGAGGAGAAGGACUAAGGAAAGGGAGAAAAAACUUAGGAGAAAGGAAAGACUGAAAGGAAAGGAGAAAGAUAAAGGAAAAAAGUGUUCUGAAUCUAAUAAUGCUUUUGACUCAGCUGAAUUUUCAAGGGAAGAAUUCUCUGCAAUCGCUGAUAUGGAGGAAACUAGUCCUCGUAACUGCAGGGAUUCAGCUAUUGAAACAGGUGGUGCUAAUAUAUUGAGUGAUGAAUCUACUAACAUCCAAGAGGAAGAAAUAUAUGGCGAAUGUAAUACUGUGACAUUGCAAGAUCACUCUUAUAAUGAAUGUGAUGGAGAAAUCAUCAAUACAAAAAAUGAUACUGGAACUUUCACAGUUGAGCAAUCAAGGGUUUCUCGUCGGAGAUUAAGAUAUAGGAAAGAUUUUCAACUGGAUAUGCCAAUGAAGUGGUCCGACAGACGACGUUAUGCAGUAAUUUCAGAGAGUGGUGCAAAGGUCGGUAGGUCCGAGACAAGACAUUAUGUUGAUGCUUUUACGGUUUCAUCUAAGGGAUUCAAUGGAUCAAAUAGGAAGUCAAGACUAAAUGCUUCAAAUUUCAAUGGUCGACAUGGUGGUCCUAAGUAUAAUGAGAAGCUCCGUUGUCCCAACAACCACAUGACUGACAAAUGUGACUUCCAUUCUUGCAGUUGUAAUAUGAACAGCGAAUAUAGGAUAAGGGUUGACCAACGUUCUCCAGUGAGUAGAGUUAGCCAGGAGAAAAAGCCUACGAGUAGAUCUGAAUCUGUAAUGGAUCUGUCUAAGCAGUCUUAUCAUGGUAGCAAGUAUAACCAAGUAGACCUUAUGCAUGAU